ACAUAACCCGAGAGCAAACAGCAGUUCCUCCAUGUCCGUAGUAUACAGACGCGGUUGUUGUGACGUCGAUCAGUCGGUGUUGCUUGUCAACCGGACCGGGAAUAUAUUUCUCCGCCAGUCCUCUGAUUGGCUAUAUUCGGUGCAAAAAAUCAAUUUAACAACUGCAUGUGAUUGGCUGCAAGUACUAUAACUACCACGUGAUGACGCGACCUCGUAUCCGCGGGUUGAUGUUCAGCCAAAGCGUCGGUUAUAUAGAUCGCGUCGCCCGCACGAGAAAGCGGAGGAGGAGAAAGAAACACAGUGAUGAUUCUGAGAGUGUGGCGGAGGGAAAUAUUCUGUGAAGAACACCAGGACUGACUUGGCUACAUAAAGUAUCGGCAUUGGCAUAACGAUGAUACACCCUCCUCGAUCUAUAGGAGGCUGAGCUCGCGCGAUCUUAUAUCACGAUCACGCCUAGCGUAUAUAUAGGGUUAAAUAUAUACAUACCCACCGGAGAAAAUUUGUUCUACCUGCACAUAUUAAAACGACAGAACAAUUUCCGUUCGAAGAACAACAAAAGGGGCAACCAUGCGCUCCCGAAGCUCCACCACCCUCACCGCCUCCGCUAUGUCAAGCAGAAAACGCUCAUCCCGCGCAACCAACUCGAUCAAAUGGACAACGACCCAAAAGAAGUCCACACCCACUCAAACCAAACUCACCACCAAAUCAAAAACAGCCCCCUCAAACACAAACGCAACCCCCUCCCCCCUCCCUUCAGACCCCACCCUCCCGCAAACUCUCAAAACCCUCUCCACCCACCCCUCCCUAACCCCACACCAACGCAAAGUCUACCGCACCCUCCUCUCCGUCCCCCGCGGCCGCUGGACCACCUACGCCGCGCUAGCAGCCCACCUCUCCUCCUCCCCGCGCGCCAUCGGCAACGCCAUGCGCACCAACCCCUUUGCCCCCGCCGUGCCGUGCCACCGCGUGCUGGCCUCGGAUCGCACUGUGGGCGGCUACAAGGGGAAGUGGGGCAAUGGGGGCGAUUAUGCGACGGAGAAGACGGGCCUGUUGACGGGGGAGGGGGUGGUUUUUGAUGAGAAAGGGAGGGUGCGGGGGGAGUGUUUUGAGGGGUUUUGGGAGGUUAAGUGAGUGAGUUUUUUUGGAAGAGGAGGAGGAGGAAGGGGGGGGUGUUCUUAGGUUUAGUUCGUGUAAUGAAGAUAGAAAGGGUAGAGAAGAAGGGAUUUGUGAAUAUCGAUUUACAGUUGUGGGCAAGAUCCUCUCUUCAUCCCCCGUUUUGUCAUAUGACGAUUGAGAUAAGGAGGAGAGAGAGCAUUUUCAACCCCGUUUUUGAGCAAAUUGGAUUGGUGUUAAGCUACUCAUUUGCUAUUAUAUUAUAUUCAUAUUUAUCAGUAUAAUCUAGUAUGGAUUCACGUUUCAAAUCCUGUAAUUAACCACCCCAGAUGUAGAUUUAGUUAUGUAACUUACGGGAAAUGGGGAAAUGCAAGCACGAAGAAAAGUUUAGCACGUGAUAAAUCAUUAGAACAGAAGAUAACCCUAGAAAAGACAUCCUGCAAACAGGAAUAAAACCUUAACUAUGAUCUGAU